UCUGAGAGGACUGCAUCCCAAAAGCUUCCAAAUGGCCUCCUUUCCUCUUCUUUAUAAUUUUAACUCCUUAUUCACACUGAAAAGCAUUUCUUCCUCUUCUUCCUGUGAUAUUGAAAUCAGUGAUCAGAAAAUAGAGGAGAGGGGAAAGGAAGCCAUAUCAGAUUGUUGGAACAGAACUCAUACAUGUCAGCACAUGGUGUCAAUAAUGUUCUGCUUUGAUUUGACCCCUGACCUCUAACACUGACCCCUCUUGUCUCACCUCCACCGGACUCUCAACACAGUGAAGUGACCCAAGAAGUAAUCAAUCAGAUACAGUAAGACCAAGACUCAGACAGCCUCUCCAGCCCCACUCGCCUCAGCCUUAGCCUGUCAGACGGGUCGGAGGACCAGCUGGACCGCCUCCAGCAGGUGGAGCUGGCCAGGACAACACCCAUGUCCCAGUGGAGGGCAGGCACUGUGCAAGCCUGGCUGGAGGUUGUCAUGGCGAUGCCCAUGUACAUCCGCACCUGCUCAGAAAAUGUCAAGAGUGGAAAGGUUUUACUUGGGCUUACAGAUGAAGACCUGGAGCUGGGUUUAGGUGUCAGCAGUUUAAUGCAUCGCCGGAAACUCCGCCUGGCCAUUGAGGAUUACAGAGAUGCUGAGAAUGGUAGAGGACUGUCCAAGGCUGCAGAUAUGGACCACCACUGGGUGGCCAAAGCCUGGUUAAGCGACGUGGGCUUGCCUCAGUACUCCCAGGCCUUUCACACCCACUUGGUAGACGGGCGCAUGCUGAACUCCCUGACACGUCGGGACCUUGAACGUCACCUCAACAUCACCAAGAAGUUCCACCAGGUCAGCUUGCUGCUGGGCAUCGAACUGCUGCACUUACUCAAUUUCGACAAGGAGGCACUGCAGGCUCGCCGGAUACAGUGUGAGCACCAGAACGUGGAUCCAUUGGCAUGGACCUCUCAUCGGGUCAUCAAAUGGAUCAGAGAUAUUGACCUAAAGGAGUUCGCUGAAAGUCUUCUAAACAGUGGAGUUCAUGGUGCUGUCAUGGUGCUUGACCCCACUUUUAACACUGAUGCCAUGGCAUCAGCACUGGGGAUCCCCAGCAGCAAGCACAUGGUUCGCCGACACCUUGUUGAGGAGAUGAAAACCCUGAUUGGCCUGGCCAGGGCGGAUGCCAAGCAGGACUACGAGCGUCUAAACCUGGGAACGCCACCAACCCUCCUUCACCAGAACUCCCUGGGGAGACCGCCCAGCUCUACUGGCCGACACACUGAUGAAGAAGGCUCGCUGAGAAGGAGGGCUGUCAAGCCUCCAGCAGGGUUCAGCCCCAAAGCACGCAGUGGGCGGGACUUGAGUUGCCAUAGCAGCUAUGGCUCCCUGCCUCGGGAAGUUCGAGACCAGACUCCGCCCAGAGCCGAGGGAAGCCCGAUCCGCGGUUACACCAGCAUCGAGGUCACCAACGUGUAAGGUCAUCAGAGUGCAACAAACACCAGACAUCAGCUUCAUCACAGCUAAAUCUACAUCAUGGACAUUUGUUUUCCAUGUGCGCCUGAACAUGGGAUGGUUAUUUUUUUCUAAAGAUGAGCCUUUACAAGACAGACUGCACUUUUUAAACGGGACAGGAUUCUUUUUUACGAGUUUCCUGGUUUAAUAAAAACUUUAUAAGACUCGUUGUGGGCAGGUGGUAUUUUGAUGUUUUUGAGGGCAGUAAUUUCCCCUUCCCAACGCCAGAAUCAAGAUAUGAAAGACUCAAGCUAAAUCAUUAUUUUUCUAUUUUCUUGUGUGUAAAUGGUUCUUUGUGAACCAGGAUGUGACUUGGCAAUUUGUUUUUGUUGACUAGUUGCUAUUGACAGACAGUCUGUUUCUCUGAGGGAAAGGAGAUUAAAAAAAAAGAAAAAAGACUGUUUGUAUAAUACAGGGUACUUGAUGACAAAAUGAAAAAAAGUGUUAAUCAGUGUAAAUUGUUCUUGUUUCAUUCAAUUCUGCUGUUUGUGAUGCCUUGUCAGUGUAGCUGAGGACAAUGGACAAAAAAAACAACAAAAAACUUGAAUUUUAAAUUCUAGAGUUUAUGUUUGACAGUCAUUUUUCAUCUUGCACAUUUACACAGUUGUGUCCAAACAAAUGUAGCACCCUUUUCUGAUGUUUUAUACCGUGCAGUAAACAUGGAAAAAUAUUUGAACAAUGCGAACAAAAGAUGACUGCAAAGAUGUAUGUCCAUGGAAGCCUAGGGGCUAAAAGGUGUGAGGAUGCAUAUAUGUGAAAAUGAAAGUUCCUUUUAAUGAAAUAAAGACGACAUCUCAUAUUUGAUAGUCCUGUUGCGCCCAUCUUCAGCAGAACGUUUAAUAAAAAUCAAUUUAAAAAAAAA